UAUUUUUGCUUUUCCGUAUUUACCUUUGGUAUCCCCUUUCUGCCUUUCUGAAUCCCUCCCAUUCCGUCGCAAGCUUUCUUUUGGACUCGGCGUGCUUUGCGAACACAUCCGACCAUGGCGAGAGAUCUUACUACCAAUUCCCUGUCCGAGUCGAUACUUGAUCUAGUUAGACGGAUCGACAAGCUUCUCUCCGACCAAGCUUUAAAUCCCCGUCAGAGGAUUUUGGUGGCAUUGGCAGGUGUGCCGGGAUCGGGAAAAUCGACAGUGUCGCAUGCUCUCCUGGCCGAGCUUGCAAAAUGCGGCAUUCGGGAUGUUGCCGUCGUGCCUAUGGAUGGAUUCCAUUAUACUAAAAAGGUGCUAUCAACAUUUGAAGACGUGGAACUAGCUUUCCAGCGAAGAGGCGCGCCGUUCACAUUCGACGCAGAUGCGUUCGUGCAUCUCAUCAAGACUCUUCAUUCCACUCCUGUCACCAACCAGGAUGAGCCGGAUCUUGUUAUCAAGGCACCCAGUUUUGAUCACGCGCUAAAAGAUCCAGUUCAGGAUGAAAUUCUGAUCUCCUCCCGUAAUCGAUUAGUCAUAAUCGAAGGCAAUUAUACAUUGCUUGAUGAAAUGCCGUGGCGCGAUAUUGCCUCUUUGAGCAAUGAGAAAUGGUUUGUCGAUAUACCUGCAGAGGUGGCGCGAGACCGGCUUGCUAAGCGUCACCUUGCAGCUGGUAUCGAAAACUCAUUUGCUCAAGCUGUUGCAAGAGCAGAGGCCAAUGACCUACCCAACGGCGACAUGAUACGGUCACGUCUUAUCAAACCGGACGUAAUCAUCGAAAACUAG